UUUGUGUCUGGUCACUUGGUGGCAGUAUCUGGUCUGGAGCUGCUCUCAGACCAGUUUCAGUCUGUUUCUAAGUUUCCUCUUGAACUUUGGAGCAGACGCAGCGGCAACAGAAGAAGAAGAAGCAGAGGAAGGAGAGGACACAUGAGAAGUGAUCACAUGUGGAGGAGGAGGCAGACGAGCAAACAACAGGCUGCAGCUUCACUUCCUCAUUAUCAGGACUGUUUGCAGAGCGGCCGACGACUCGUUUCAGUCCACGUUGAAACACAGAACAUGUGCAGGAAUGCAACCCUACACCUUCCUGGUGGUUUGUAGAGGGAGCUCCACCCUGCUGCUGCUGCUGGAGUGUUGGUGGGAGGGGGGGUGUUUGCUUGGUUCCAGGGGCGGUGAAACUGUGAAGCUUCACAUCAUCUAGGUGUGGCCUUCAGACUCUUCUCUUGGAUAAAAGCAGGCGAGCCAGUUCCUCCCGCUGAGUGGAAGCGGAGUCAUGGCCGACAGCGUGGAAGCGGAACCAGGUGAGCUGAACGGAGACCAGCCGGUGGAGAGGCUCCAGAGUCCCGACAAGUCUAUCCCCAAGCAGAAUGGGACCGGCGAGGCCCCCCCUGGGAUCAUAGAGGAGCAGGACUCAAAGGCAACGGAGGAAGACCCGAAGGAGUCGGAGGAGACCAAGGAGGCAGAGGUGCCUCAGGAGGACCCGGGGGAGGAGGAGGUGAAGGAGGAACCUCUGGGCCCCGACGACGUGGUGUGCGACUCGUGCAUCGAGAGCCCCUGCAGGGCCCUCAAGUCCUGCCUCACCUGCCUGGUGUCGUACUGCGGCGCCCACCUCCGGCCCCACCUGGAGAACCCCAAGUUCCAGAACCACCGGCUGGUGGAGCCGCUGAGGGACAUCGAGCGUCGGACCUGCGAGAGCCACAAGUGGCCCCUGGAGCUGUUCUGCUGCGCCGACGCCUGCUGCAUCUGUCAGGACUGUAUGACGGAGGAGCACAGGGGCCACAACACGGUCCCCGUGGAGGAGGCCCGCAAACGCAUAGAGAAGGAGCUGGCCGAGAAGCAGGCGGAGAUGGUGAAAACCAUGACAGCGGCUGAGAAUGCCAUCAACAAACUGCAGCUCAACACCGUCUCCAUCGAGAAUUCAGUGACGGAGGUGCGAGCGGUGAUCGAGGAGCAGUUCGUGGAGCUGCAGGCGCUGGUGGAGAAGGCCAAGAGGGAGGUGACGGAGAUCCUGGAGGCGGAGGAGAAGCAGGCGCUGAGGCAGGCCGAGGGCAUCCGGGUCCAUCUGGAGCAGAGAUGCACGGAGCUGAAGAAGACUCAGACGCAGGUGGAGAAACUCUCCAAGAACAAGAACGACGUGGACUUCCUACAGGAGUAUGCAGAGUGGAAGAAGGAGGCCGCUGACAUCUCUCUUCCUGGGGUCUACAUCGGCCUCAUGGACCGUCUGAACUCCUUCAGCCGAGUGAUUGUGGACUCCACUCAGGAGCUGUGUGCGAUGCUGAUGUCGUCCUACAUCGAGAAGGUCAAAGAGACGUGUAAAAGCGAUAAAAUGGGAAUAAAGACGACCGUCCACGAGAUCGUUGCAGCCAAACAGAACAUGUCCAUACCGAACCCAGAGACACGAGACGACUUCCUCAAAUACUCUGCUCAGGUGUCCUUCGACGCAGACACAGCUCACAAGUUCCUCCGUCUGACGGAGGAGAACCGGAAGGUGACCAACACCACCCCGUGGCAGCACCCGUACCCGGACGUCCCGGAGCGCUUCGAGAACUGGCGCCAGGUCCUGGCCUCGGACAGCUUCUACCUGGGACGCCACUACUUCGAGGUGGACAUCCGGGGCGAGGGGACGCACGUGGGCGUCACCUACAAGAGCAUCGACCGCAAGGGCAGCGAGAGCAACAGCUGCAUCACGGGCAACGACUUCUCCUGGUGCCUCCAGUGGAACGGACGCUCCUUCUCGGCCUGGCACAGCGACGUGGAGACGCCGCUCAGCGUGGACAAGUUCUCGCGCCUCGGCGUCUACGUGGACUACAGCGGCGGCCUCCUGGCCUUCUACGGCGUGGACGACGCCAUGACGCUCAUCCACGAGUACCGGGCCGAGUUCCUGGAGCCCCUGUACCCGGCCUUCUGGCUCUCCAAGAAGGAGAACAUCGUGACCCUGGUGGCUCCCGGGGACCCGUUACCUGUGAAGAGCCCCUCCCCUCGCCCCUCCCCUCCCAACUCCCCGCCCACCUCACCUCCCAACGGAGCCGCCGUCGACUCAUAGGGGACGUCAACCUGGAAGAUUUACAAAAAAAAACCUCAAAUGUGGAACCUGGAGCCGUCUCCACGUCAGACUCUCACUUUAUUUUUUAUUUUAUUCUUAGUUUAUUGAAUUGGGACAUUGAUGCGUUGGUCAGUGUCAGUGUAAAUGUACUGGACUUAGCAUGAAUGCUAAUAAUCAGCCGAGACAGGUACAAUAGACAGUUACAGAACCACAUACAGACACACAACAUUAUGACAAAACAUUUAUAAAGAAACAUAUUAUGCAUCAAAUUAAGAAAACUGGAAAUGUUUUUACCUUGGUUUAUGUCGUCCUCUCUCUUUUGGGAGGUGAAUUACACACAAGAUAAUAAUAAUAAUAAAACAGAAGAAAACACACAUAAAACACAAACUGUGAUCAAGUAGCACUGGAUCGUUUUUCACCAUAUUAUUGAAAUGUCAUUUUUCCGCGACAGUCCCGGUGGAAACUCUUGACUUUUUAGACUUGUUUACAGCAGAUUAUUAUUUUUUUUUUGUUACUAAUAAUCUGUGUAUGUUUGGGUCAUAUUUAAACUCCUGUGAAGCUUUCGGGACUACUGUUACUAGGAAUGUUCUGUGUUUUCUGUAUGCAAAAAAUAAUAAUAAUGAUAAUAAAAAAAACAUGUCUGCCUUUA